UCCUUUCUGCAGAACUCCUACCAAUCCUCCCACAUUUUCUUCCCAAGGUUGUACUUAACUGUGUUGGACUUACCAAUUCCUCUCCAAUACCAACCUCCUUGGAUCCUUCUUUCUUUUAGUUAUUAUAUUCCCUCUCACGUUAGUUCUCUCCCUGGUCGCCUUGUGUUGUCGACGCUCGCUCAUGUGGAAUCUUACAAGCUCAAGGUGCUCUUGACGCCCGAAUCGACCUUUGCAAAAAUCGACUGUAAUAGUUAUCAAUUCCUAUCACAACCGCUUACUAGGAAACCUCCCUCUCCAUAGAAAAAUGGAGUCGUCUCCUCCCAGGGCCACGAUGAACGGCGGCGGCCCUGCAGCAGGCGUGAAGCGUCCUGCUUCAUUGCUGCCCGCAUUCGAGCCUCUGAGCUCGUCACCGGCUCUCCCUCGACCUCAGAAGAGAAUGGCACGUGAUGCAGGAGACUAUCCCACCCCAAUGCCAACUUCUUCGACUCAUAUCAUGUCCUCGUCGCCCCCUCAUAUGUCCAUGGCUCAACCUAAGCUCCAGCGCAGCGUCUUCCCCUCGAGUACCACCGAACGCGCCCCUCUGUCCACGGUCCCUACUCUGAUGCUUCCUGAGUCGGGGGAAUCUUUGCUUAUGGGAAGAUCUAGCGCGUCAUGCCACCAUCAACUCUCUGCCAAUCGACUAAUAUCGCGUGUUCACGUAAAGGCAACCUACAAAGCCGCCGGUAAUCCGUUCGACCGUGACCGCGUCGAGAUUGUUUGCACAGGGUGGAACGGCAUCAAGUUGCACUGCCAGGGAAAAACAUAUGAUUUGGCAAAGGGAAAAACGUUUACGUCUGAUAUCAAAGAUGCCGACAUCAUGAUUGACGUGCACGAUGCGCGGGUUUUGGUUCAAUGGCCUCGAAUGGAACGUAAAGACUCGUCUUCAACCGAACCCGGGCUUGCUUGGGACGCAAAUUCUCUCCAGCAGAACAAAUCGCGUCAUGAUGUCCAACAAAGUCCCAUUAAAGAACCUCCUCGUCUCGUGUCACCGACGUCCCCUUCGCCCCUAGCCAGAAACCGUAUACCUCUAUCAUCCCCUUUGCUCAGUCCAAGUCGUUUGCAUAGCACUAUCUCCAUCUAUGAAGAUGAACCAUUAUCUCCGACACCUGCUAACGGCAGAGAAGCAAAGACUCUUACCGCGUCUCAUAUGAGCACAUUUGAUGACAGCUUAAAUGACUCUCAUAACAGUGCUCUCAACCAGUUGUCAGAGACAUUCGAGGAUUACUCUGACCAUGACGAAGAAAAUGACCCUAUUGUUCAUUCAUUUGGACCCUUUGGUGAGAAUCUCUUGCCGCGUAUGGCUCAAUUCCGUGCAGGUGGUUCUCCAACAAGGGUUGCUCGUCCCCGUACUCAGCCGGAGCCUCUUCGUUCAGUACAUUCCCUCCAACAGCCAGCUGCAGUGAAAAGAGAGGAGGCACAGGAGAAGAGAAAGGAGAAGGAAGAGGAAGCAGAACAGAAGCCAAAGAUCGAUGAGCGGAGAGCAGCGGCUAUUGCCGCCAUUCAAAACCAUGCCGCUAACCAGCUCGCUUUUUCCCGCCUAUCUUCGACUCCUUUGUCCACAAUCCUCCAAAACUUGCCAGCCUCUCUAUGGAAAGCGGAAGCUAAUGCAGCAGAGUCCUUCACGCACCACGAAGUCAGAGUCAUCCUUGAAGAUACUAAAUGCAUUGGCGAGGUUAUACGCGAAGGAAAAGAUGCUGCUGGAAAGCCUCUGGAAAGCGAGUUUUACUAUAUACCAGACUUUGACGAGGACGAAAUGCGUCGACAGGCUGUUGUCAACGAUUUGCGCAAACCUGGCUUGCGGAACUGCAGAAAACAGCACAAGCAAUACUACUGGCGGAAACCCAAAUGAUUGCAACCAACACAAACGAAGUCUCGAAACGCUUCCAUUCUUGUCACAUAUUUCCAAAACUCUUUUAUUCUUGUUAGAUGUACGUUUACCGCAUAGCGCUGCGAGGGCUCCCACCCUAUUCCUGCAUCUCUUUCGACGAUUUAAGGCGCUUUUUACCGUACGAGGAUUCUCGUGUUUGUACGCCUAGUUUAUGUAUUAAUGUCUUUUAUUUGUUGUCUUUUAUAUCCCCGGUUAUUGCCAGAGCUGACGUCAUCAUGUGAUGCGCGUGUCUGUUGCUAUGUCUUGUUGUCUGUGAUUGCCUGAGACGAUUAUCUCGAUGAAAAGAAGAAAAAGAAAGAAGAUGAAAACUUUUAUGAAUAGAGGGACCGGG